AAAUUCAAGAAAUUUCCCAUCUGCAUUCCACUUGUUUCUUUCCUUACAAACGUUGCUUUCUCCCCCGACUUGAAGUUGAAUCUCAAUCUCCUCCAAUCAAGCUUGCCAAUUUGCUCACGCACACAGAUGCCUAAAUUUGUCUCCGCAUAUUCCUCUUGCUACAAGUGGAGACUCCACUGUCACAUAUGCUUUUUUCAUGGUGAAUUUUCACUUGCCAUUCUUUUAACUUUGCUUAGAAUAUGAGAUAACGAGGGAGAGAGAGAUUCUGCUCAUGGGUACUAGAUUUGUCUAUGCUAUCAAAACCCAGUUUCAUUUUCUUAAUUCUACAGGUUUUGUAAACGAUUUUGCGUAUAAUAAUAUAUACAAGGUCGUUAGUUUUUUCUGGGGUUUUGUCUGCAGCUACACUUUUUAUCUGUUUGGAUCAUUGUUCAGACACAUCUUCAGAUUUCAGAACAGAAAGAAUCUUUACAAAUUUGAAUCCGAUUCCAAUGAGGUUGAUUAUCAACAAGAAGAUGAUCAAUUUGGUUCAAGUUGUUUUCAGGAUUCAGAGAUGGAAAAAAGCGAUGUUGAAGGGGAGAAUUCUGUUGUUAUGGAGGGUGCCUUGUUGGCUAGCACUAAUAAAUGUGAGUUCUUGUCUGGGAAAGGCAUACGUGGAUUCGUGGAUGAACCAAUAACCUUGAGCUUCACUGUCCAUGAACUGUUCCUUGAUUCAAAUAAUGAUGCAAUUGUUAAUACUCCAACUGCUGAUAAUGGACGCUCCACUCACGAGGAUUUUCAGGAAGUUGAAUUAGAUUCAGAGGCAGCGGAUAAAACAGAGAAAGCAGGGGCAUUUUUCAAAAAUUUCGCAACUGAUGAGGCUUUAGAGGAGAAACAGGAACAAGAAACAUUGAUUGGGGAGAAGAAUUCUGAGGAAAAAGAGUUAAGUUCCAAUGAUGGAGUCACUGUCGACAAAGGUUUUGGAAAUCAAGACUUGGAUGCGGAGAAAACAGAGAACUCUGUCAAAAGUUUGGUCGUUGAAAAGGCUUUAGAGAAGCCAGAACAAGAAACAUCCACCGAGGAAAACAGUUAUAAUAAGCAAGAGAUGGAUGCUUUAGACCAGAGCUCUGAACUUUCUGUUAAUGGAACUGUCAGGGAAGUAUUUGAAUGCGAAAGUUUUGUGUUCAUUGAUGAGAAGAAGAUGGAACAUAUUAGAGAAGCAGAAGCAGUUUCCAUCGAAGGAGUUGGGCCUGAAAUUUGUGUGUUGGUGGAUGAGGAGAGGGCAGAACAUAAUACAGAAAUGGAAGCUAUUUCAAUGAGAGACCAAUCCAGUGAUUCUGAUGAUGAAUAUAUAGAACUACAACCCCAGAAACAGAAUUCAAAUUUAUUGGAUGAGGAAAUAUUGCCUAAAGAGCAUUUAAGCAACCUUGAUGACAAAGAAGAAGAGCAAGGGUUAAUCCAUGAAAAGGCAGAACCGAAAUUUGAAGAAUCUAGCGUCCAAGGGCAAAAGCCCUUAGAUUCACAUGUUCAAAGCGAUACAGAUUACAUGUUUGAUCAACAUGACGUAAUAGAACAGCUAAAAAUGGAGCUGAAACUAGCAAGAACUGGGGGUCUUCCAACUAUUCUCGAAGAAUCAGAAUCUGAAGAAUUGGAGACUCAGAAGACGGUGCAAGAGCUAAGGCCAAUGAAGGUUGGAGACCAGAAGCUUGAGCGCAAAGAUCUCUUGGAGGGGAUUCGAAAGAUUUACAAGAGCUACGUGGACAAAAUGCGAAAAUUGGACGUCUUGAACUUCCAGACCAUGCAUGCGCUUGGCUUACUGCAGAUGAAAGACACAGUUCAGUUUCAGACAGCUCGGAAAUCUUCGGUUCCAGCAAUUAUCUCUCUUCUUUCCCAGAACUUGUGGUCAUGCAAAGGGACUGCCGUAGUUAAUCCGAUGAAAAAAAUCUUUGCAGAUAUGCAUAGUGAUUUUGACACCAUAUAUGUUGGACAGCUUUGCCUUUCCUGGGAAAUACUCCACUGGCAAUACUGGAAAGCCCAAGAACUGCAAAAGUACGACUCUCAAGGAUCCCAUCAAUAUAAUCAAGUGGCGGGUGAGUUUCAGCUAUUUCAAGUCCUGAUACAAAGAUUUCUUGAGAAUGAGCGGUUUCAAGGUCCCAGGGUCCAGAAUUAUAUCCAGAGCAGAUGUGUCCUUCGCGGUCUUCUUCAAGUUCCUCAAGUUAGAGAUGAUAGUUUCAAGGGCAAGGGGGAAAAAGGAGAUGAAAAAGAAGAUGCAAUCACAAGCCAAAUGCUAAUAGAAACCAUUGAACAAUCAAUGCGGGAUUUCUGGGAAUUCCUUCGUGCUGAUAAAGACGAAAGCAGUCUGAUCUUACAGGGUCAUCAACAAACCCAUAUUAAUCUCCAAGACCUUGUAGAUUUAGAGCUGUUGACAGAUAUUCGAACCGAUUUUCAAAAGAAGGAUAAAAAGCUUAAAGACAUAUUGAGAAGUGGAAAUUGCAUAGUGAAGAGGUUCAAGAGGCAACAAGAAGAUGGAGUGCAUCAUAUUCACACGUUGUUCAUGGCUCAGGUGGAACUGAAACUGGUUUCUAGAGUUCUAAACAUGUCCAAACUAACAAGAGAUCAAUUGAUAUGGUGUCAUGAAAAAUUAGACAAAAUUAACUUCUGUAAUAGAAAAGUUUAUGUAGAACCCUCAUUUUUGCUCUUCCCAUGCUGACAUCGUGAGUAGUCAGUAGAUAAAUGCUUUUCAUAAAGGUCUAUAUUAUAUAUCAACAUAUACAUGUAAAGAUAGUGUCACGUUACACAUGCUUCCCAAAGCCAAAGUUAAUGGAAACAAAAUUUUCUCUCUUUUUCAA